CAACAAUUAUCCUUAUCUGUAUUUAGACACACCGUCACUAAUGAACAUUGGUUUCCCAUUCUUCAUAGUUUAGUUUUUAACUAUUCGUGACUAAACGAAUUGCUCUGCUGCUCCCUGAAUAAAAUAAAAAAUAAAAUGAGCUUUGAAAAUGAGUAUUAUCCAUACGAAAUAAUAAAGUUGGACCCGAAAGAGCGCGCGGAAGUGUUUAAACUUUUCAGUGGUGCUUCGUGCUUAAUCGAUGACUUCGUCCGUAUCGGUCCAAAAGGCUACUGGCUUCCCCAUGGAUUUACAGACUUGGCUCCUAAAAUCUACAAUAUGGCGGUUAGACCAGAUGACAUUUGGGUGACUACAUAUCCAAAAUCAGGCACAACAUUGUUGCAAGAGUUAGUGUGGCUGGUGGCAAACAAUUUUGACUACGCUAAAGCUGAGGCUAUUCCACUUGUGAAAAGAUUCCCCUUUAUAGAGUUUGCAAUGUUUCUUAACAGCGAAAAGGCACGAACUGUUUUAGAACGUGACGCGAAAAACAAGGCUAUGUUAAAGGCAAUUAAUGAAGUGAUCGAUCAAGUGUCGUCGAUGCAGUCACAGCGGUACAUCAAGUCGCACCUGCCGCUGUCCCUGCUGCCGCCCGCGCUGCUGGACACCUGCCGCGUGAUGCACGUGGCGCGCGACCCCAGGGACGUGGUCGUCUCCUACUACCACCACAAUGAGUUCAUUCAGUCCAGAGGCUACUCAGGCAACUUUAAACAAUUCUGGAACUUAUUUAUCCAAAACAGGCUUGACUGGACUCCGUACUUCGAAAACGUAAAAGAAGCAUGGGAAAAAAGAAACCAUCCUAACAUGCUCUUCCUAUUUUAUGAAGACAUUUUGCAGGACAUACCAGCAACAAUAAAAAGGGUAGCAGCAUUCCUCGGAAAAACAGUGACAGAUGAACAGCUCAGCCGGCUCAGCAACCAUCUAAGCUUCGACAACUUUAAGAAAAAUAAAUCUGUUAACAUGGACGCGCUUAAGGAUUUUGUUUUUGUAAACAAAGACAAAUCUUUCAUAAGAAAAGGCAAGGCGGGUGGAUGGCAUGAUUACUUUGAUGAGGAGAUGAUGCAACAAGCGCAGCAGUGGAUGGAAUACAACCUGAGAGAUACGGACCUGAGAUUUCCCACCGUUAAAUAAAUUUAUUAGAAAUAAUUAGAAAUAAUCGUUAAUGGUAAAGGUACCUAUCAUCCUUGCACCGUUUUCACAGCUGACGCAGCUACCUCGUCACCGAGAAUAAGACCUGGGACCACCAAUCGCAUAGAUGAAGAGUAUUAUUAUUCUCAACAAAAUGUUUUACUUUGUAGUACUAU